CAAACUUUGCUUCAAAAAAAGGAAUAUCUAUUGAGUAUUAUAUUAUCAAUCAUAUGGAAAGUUUUCAAUACAAAAAAUUCUUCAAAUUUCUCGUGGUGAAAAAAAAAAUAGCAAACGUUGGUAACACAAGUUUGAUAAAACCGGUUUCGGAAGAAAAUUAAAAGAAAAAUAAGCAUACAAACAUUGUUAAGCUAAAGACAAAUUGUAUACGAUACAUCGCAAUGAACAAAAAUGGGCGAGCAGGUUCUGUUAUGUCAAAUAGAGAAAGGCAAAUGUCAGUGUUGAAUCAUUCCUGGUUGCAGCAGUAUCCAACCUGGCUUUUCAAUCAAGAGUAUUCAGGAGUAUUUGAGCCGCUACCAAAUCAUCUUGGAGCACGUCUUAUGUUUUAUCUACAUUGUGUAUAUAGAGUGUUGGACAUAAGAGAUGCUGAUAGUAUCGAAGACUUAAUAGACUAUGAACAUCAUAUCAAACUUUCAUCACAGGACAUUGACAAACUGAUCAUUUUAGCAAUAGCCCUAUCACCAGACCGAUUAGUGAACAAGUGCUUUUUUGAAAAUGAUGAAAAAUGCGGAGGAUUGAUAAAUGAAUUUUACCAUAAACAUGAACUUUCUAACGAAAUAAAGAUUCCAGAUUUUGUGCAGAUUGGAGUAGACCAGCGGUCUGUUUAUAACACUAUGUGUUUCAAACAUCAGUUCCUCCAAGAUAAUUAUUAUGCUCCAUUGAAUUUUUACAAAACUAGAAUACGACACAUUUAUGAGGCUAUAAGCAUGUGUAGGAGUAAAAAUGAUACAUCUAAAAGUAGGCAAAAAAACGAUGAUAUAAAUGCCUGUUUCUGUAGUAUUUUAUAAUUCUAAUGUGAUGACGUUCCAUUCCAUUCUGAUUAUUGUAGUUAACACAGUUUAUGUAUUCUGUUUCUUCACUCAAUGAUAUGAU